CUAUCGUUGUGAGUUCAAAGGUUAGCUUGUUAUGGAGCUAUCUAGCCAGAAAGGGGUGUGUUAACUGCUGAUUUUUUGUUACAGUGGUUCUUAUUUCAGCCUAGUGUUACACUCGAUAAUACACUUGACGUGCACAAAGGCGUUGUCGCUUAUUUAUUUUAACUAAUAUACACAUUUUUGCGUAUGCUUUGAGCGCUGACGAGCUCGACAUGCUAGCUGAGUAGCUACCUAGCUAGCCAGCUAGCUAACUUAGUGACAAGUGUUCUUCCAAAUGACAUUUCGUAUCAAAAGCUGACCUUGUAGGCACAGCCAGCUCAUCUAAAUGGGUUCUGCCAGAGCUAUGGCAUCAACCAGGCUCCUGUGUUUGUUCAACGCGAAAGCAACAGGCUCGACCACAAAAUUAGCCAGGGCAGGUUCGAGUGUGUGCUUCAGGAGACAUGUCUGCAGUUCACCUUCAAGACUACAGAGCUGUAUGUCAGCCUGGGUCAUUGAUCAGUAUGGUACUAAUGAGGUUUUGAAGUACACAGAAGUCACCGUCCCCACUGUCAAUUCUCCCAAUGAUGUGAUGAUUAAAAUCCAUGCGGCUAGUCUCAACCCUCUUGAUAUAUCUAUGAGGGGUGGUUAUGGGGCUAAAUUGCUGAAAUUAAGAAGAGAUCCAAUGUCUGUGAUGGACAAUGAUAGUGAGUUCCCUCUGAUUCUGGGCCGUGAUGUGUCUGGUGUAGUGGUGGACUGUGGAUCUGAGGUUACCCAUUUUGUUCCAGGGGAUGAGGUGUGGGCUGCUGUUCCCCCAUGGAAACAAGGCAGUCUGGCAGAAUUUGUGACUCUAACAGAGUAUGAGGUUUCCCAUAAACCAAAAUUACUGAGUCACACAGAAGCAGCAUCCAUCCCCUACGUAGCCAGCACUUCUCUGUCUGCGCUUGUCAAUGCAGGUGGUCUUUGCAGAGACAGCUCUUCAAAUAAAAGAGUUUUGAUCACUGGAGGAUCGGGAGGUGUUGGAACAUUCUCUAUUCAGUUAUUGAAGGCCUGGGGUGCCCACAUCACUGUUACCUGUUCUCAGAACGCAGAGGGCCUUGUUAGAGGGCUGGGGGCUGAUGAGGUGGUGGACUACACAGCAGGAGAUGCGGCUGAGCAACUAGAAAUGAUGGAGAAGUUUGAUGUGAUUUUGGACAGCGUGGGUGGGGAAACAGAGCAGUGGGCGAUGGACAUGCUGAAGCCCUGGUCUGGAGCAAAGCACGUCACACUGGUAACACCUUUACUCCUCAACACCGAUUCCAUGGGCCUGCUGGAUGGGGCGUUUCACGCUGGAUUAACCCUGCACAGCAAGGCCAUACAGAACAUAUCACGUGGAGUCUUCUACCGGUGGGGAUUUUAUGCUCCAGAUGGGCCCGCCCUGGACGAGGUCAGCAAGCUGGUGGAUGCAGGGAAGAUCCUGCCAGUGGUGGAGGCCCAGUUUCCAUUUACUCAGGUGCCCCAGGCUUUUCAGAAGUUGGAGCAGGGCCACGCCAGAGGGAAGACAGUAGUCAGGGUGGCUGAAGAGGACGACAGACAGGCUGAAGAGUUGGUGCAGAACAGUCGCAUAGAGACUGCAGAGUCAGAGCAAGAAGUGAAAGAAACAGCCAAGCAAAACUAGAGACAGUAAGCAGAGUGCUAAGAGAAUUAAGCUUUUGUUAUUCUCACCUUUACAAGGCAACUCUUGACUGCAACAGACUGUAUUAUUCAAAGAGAUCUGAGGUGCAGCUUUUUUGCAGCAGACUACAAGCAUGACCUGAGCUUGUAAUGGGAGCGUGCCAAAGACUGUUGUUCUUGUUAAAGCUUACACCCUCCUGUACUGUCUAAAAGUUUUCACAAGGUGCUUUCUAUGCUGCGUUCAUGUCAUGAUGAUGUUACUAUAAUUACCAACUGGAUGCUGAUCUGAAUGGUAUUGAAUGGUCUGUAGUUGGUAAUUACAACCAGGCUUUUGGUAGCUUUCUGAUUGCUGCGAUCUAUCCAACAAGGAGUUACACGAUAAAAAAUGUCUGUUAUGAACAUAGUCAGCCCUCCAUUACCAGGUGAAGCAGAAGCAGUACUGUACAGUGUGUUUAAGAAAUUUAUUGACAAAAAUACUUUUCUUCUGAAAACAAGAGUUGUGUGCUGUAUAGUUUUGAUUAAACAAAGAAAAAAAAGACA